AUGUCCACUCUCGCUACUCAAAAGGCAACGACGCAGACCGUGCUCGAUGCAUACAAUGCAUGGGACAUGGAGAAGAUACUAGCGUUUCGAGCGCCAGACUGUAAACAACAAGUCAUUCCUGCAUCCAUGGGGCGACCAAGUAUGAGCAAUGACGAAUACCGCGAACGCCUAAAGCAAAUACUGCCAUGCUUCAGGAACUUCACUGUUACCGUCCACACAGCGGUGCAUGAUGCGGACGCGCAUACAUGUAUCAUGCAUGCGACAAGUACGGCCGAUACUGACAUUGGUCCAUACGCAAACGAAUACGCACUAAUUUUGCAUUUCACCGAGGAUGGAAAGAAGGUUACCAAAUUUCUGGAAUACGUAGACUCGGCUUAUUCGAUAAAAUUCUUUGCGGCGCUGGCGGCGGCGGGACUUGGAACUUAG